CCUGAGUGCAGCCCUCUGCGGACGUCUGCUUUCAUUCCCCCCUGGCGUGUCGCCACCAAAGCGCCACGGUCGCUAUCUAUAGCCCAACUCUAUUUUCAGACCGUGCAGAGUCGACCCAAUGGAACUCUUCAAACGUUUGUUUACCAGUCACGUGUCGUGGAGAGAUGGAUACAUUUCAACCGGAGUGACACGGUGUCCGUUGUGAGAAACAAAGACCCGUUUCAGCGAGAUUAUGGACAUGCCCGAGGGUUUGGCAUCAUCCAGUCGAGAGAAGAAUGCGACCCUUGAUCUGACGGGUCGAGUGAGGGUGAAGGUGGAAGACAGCUGGUUCGUUUUGGAGAGGGCCUUCCUAGCGAGGCACAGCAACUACUUCCGGGCGCUCUUUCAGUCGGGCAUGCUGGAAAGUAAACAAGAGGAGCUCCACCUUAAAGGAGGGCUGCACGCAAGAGGCUUUCUCAUCGCUCUCGCCGUCUGCAAAGGGGAGAUUCCCACCCUGGCCGAUCCGGACGAGCUGGUUGACGCCGUGGAGUGCGCCGCCUUCCUGCAGGUGCCAACUUUAACUCGGCAUCUUUGCGAUAUCGUGGAUUCGGAUACCUGCCUCCUGCUCUACCAGGCCGCCCACAUCUUUGGUCUGGAGAAACUCUUUCAUAGCGCCGCUCUUUUCCUCUGCGAUGCAUUCGAAGACCUGAGGGAAACGGCGGAGGCGACGCUUCCUGAAGAGCUGCUGCGGUAUUCUCAGUCCUUAUCCCCCGUGUCUUACGUCGCAAUCGGUACCCAUACCCCUUCCACGGAGCUGCUCCACGACACCUUCCGGGUCGUGUGCUACCUCGACGAGAAAGAAGAAGAGUGGAAGCAUCUUACGCAUCUCCCGACCAUCUGCAGUACGUCCUUGUGUGGCGUGGCCGUGCUGGACAACCGCCUGUACAUCGUCGGGGGAGUUUACGGUUAUAACAAAGAAACCGUCGACGCCGCCUUCUGCUUUGACCCCGAGUCAGGGCUUUGGACCUCUCUUCCAGGACCUCAGAGACCCAGACAUGAUUUCACCUUGCUGGGGCACGAGGGACGACUCUAUGCCGUCGGAGGAGAGUACCAGAAAAAGAACAUUGCCGCAGCAGAACGUUAUGACCCUCAAAAAGCUGAGUGGACGUUCAUACGACAAGCUCCGAGGCCGGUAGCGUCGGCCGCCUGCGCCGUGGCCAGGCGUCGGAUGUUUGUUUGCUUCUGGAAGCCUCCCGAUACCACGGAUAUUUACGAGUACGCGGCGCUCGAUGACGAGUGGAAGCUCACCACCACCUUGAUCAGACCUCAGAGUUACGGCCACUGCAUGGUGGCCCACAGGGACAACUUGUACGUGAUGCGCAACGGGCCCUGCGACGACUUUCUCCGCUGUCUCAUAGACUGCUACAACCUCACCACAGCCCAGUGGACAGCCAUGCCGGGACACUACAUCAACAGCAAGGGGGCGCUGUUCACCGCCGCCGUAAAAGGGGACUCGGCCCUCACGGUGAAACGGAUGCUAACGCUGGAGUACGCCAUCGACGCGCAGGAAUGGAAGCCUCGAAGGCAGAUGAAGGGUUUUCCAAAGGGCGGAUCGUUAUGGACGUGUUUACUUAGGCUUCCUAAGACAGGACCGGACUUCCCCCAGGUGAAUGCACAAGGGAAGCAAAAGGAAAUGCCUUUGAAAGACAGAACGGAACCACCGGUAGAGGAUAUGCUGGAGGUCUAACCUUUUUUUGGAACUGGGAUACACGAAGACUGUUGUUACUGAGACUCCAAUUCCAGAACCGUUUCAGUCACAAAACUGUUUGACAGGGUGUAGUCACUUACCGUUCUGG